CACCAUGAAGUCCGUUCUGUUCAGCCGCUUCUUCAUCCUCCUGCCCUGGAUCCUAAUCGUCAUCAUCAUGCUCGACGUGGACACGCGCAGGCCCGCGCCCCCACUCACCCCGCGCCCCUACUUCUCGCCCUACGCCGCGGGCCGCGUGGGGACCCGCAUCCCGCUGGGCAGGGUCGGCCCCGGGCGCGGCUCGGAGAAGCGCAACGAGUCGCGACCCCAGCCUCGGCGAGAGCAGCUGCCCACUAUCUAUGCCAUCACGCCCACUUACAGCCGCCCGGUGCAGAAAGCCGAGCUCACCCGACUGGCCAACACGUUCCGCCAGGUGGCGCAGCUGCACUGGAUCCUGGUUGAGGACGCGGUGGCGCGGAGCGAGCUGGUGAGCCGCUUCCUGGCGCGGGCCGGGCUGCCCAGCACGCACCUGCACGUGCCAACGCCGCGGCGCUACAAGCGGCCCGGGCUGCCGCGCGCCACCGAGCAGCGCAACGCCGGCCUGGCCUGGCUGCGCCAGCGGCACCAGCACCAGCACGCGCAGCCGGGCGUGCUCUUCUUCGCCGAUGACGAUAACACCUACAGCCUGGAGCUCUUUCAGGAGAUGCGAACUACCCGCAAGGUGUCCGUCUGGCCAGUGGGCCUGGUUGGUGGGCGCCGCUAUGAACGUCCAUUGGUGGAAAAUGGCAAAGUUGUUGGCUGGUACACGGGCUGGAGAGCUGACCGGCCUUUUGCCAUCGACAUGGCAGGAUUUGCGGUAAGUCUUCAAGUCAUCUUGUCCAAUCCAAAAGCUGUAUUUAAGCGCCGUGGGUCCCAGCCAGGCAUGCAAGAAUCUGACUUUCUAAAACAAAUAACAACAGUUGAAGAACUGGAACCAAAAGCAAGUAACUGCACCAAGGUUCUCGUGUGGCACACGCGGACAGAGAAGGUUAAUCUAGCCAAUGAGCCAAAGUACCGUCUGGACACCGUGAAAAUUGAGGUAUAAACUGAAGCAGCAACUGGAGCAUGUGCCUGGCCACUAGGUGCGGAGGAGGCUGCUGGGGGUCCGCCUCAGAGCAUUCAGGUACUGUUCCUUUCACAGCAGGACAACAGCCUUUACUGCCAGCUGACGGACAUCAGUUUAAAAAGAGCUUGUUGGUUAACAUAAACGGUUUGGAUGGUGUAAACUGUUAUGUUUUUGUCUUCAUUUGUUCUGCAUGUUUUCCUUACAACUAAACUGGAAAAUCUUUGUACAGUCCAACUAAGUGACACUGUAGGUACCAUUCUGAGUAUCUUAAGUGCUCCCUUCCCGAACAGCAGUUGGGUCUCAUAAUUGAUAGAAA